AUGGCAGAAGCAGGUCCCUCAGUCCCAGUCUCCAUUCCAAACACCACCUUAUCACCGUCCUCACCUACUCUUCUCAAUACCAUCCACUCGGUAUUGAUAGCUCACUCUUCCAAGAAUCUAUCUCUGACUCAUUUACACCCUUUCGCACCUUCGUCUACCCGUUCUGGAAUCGCUGGAACAGACAAGGGAAAGGGAAAAGAUAUCGAGAAUGAAGUGAAUACGAUCAAGGGCUUGAGGGAUGCUGUGAACAAGUUGAAAGUGGUUUUGAACAAUCCUUCGGGUAUCGAUGGUGGGACUGAUGUCGAAGGGAGGCUGAUGAGAGGUUUGAAAGAGAUAUCAUCGCAUCAACUACCUCUCACCCAACAGCUAAUCUCCCUAACUCCCAGCCUCUCUGUAACCUCAUCCGCAUCAUCUUUCCCCUCCCAUCUACUUAACCUCCAUCCUAUAAAGCUACUCGAAGCUAUCUCGCUUUCAUUGAAUUUACAAUGUUUUAUCGAAGAUUCACAAUUCGGUUUACUCAAAUCCUCUUUAGCAAUUGCAGGGACGAGGUUUGUCAUCGAUGUGGAUCUCGAGACUGGACCUAGUUCCGGGGUAGGAGGUGACGAAGAUGAAGACGAAGAUGGGGAUGUAGAUCUAGAUAUGGAGAGUAAACAACCUCAAGCCAAAACAACAUCGGAUGACAUUGCAACCACUCGAGAGGAAGUUCGAAACAAGAUUAGAUUAACCAAACUUAUAGUUAAUCACGUAACUUCCUCUGGAGGUACAGCAAAAUCUACUUAUAUAUCAGCGAUUUUGAGGACUUUGAUUGAAGAUUAUUUGAUAUGUUAUGAUAGUACGACUUUGGGAUUGUGGGAGAAACAAGUGAUUUUGGAUAGGUUGAUAGAUGGUUUGAAGGAGUUGAAGCAUUUAGAUGAUUAUUCGACUCGAACUCCCACCUCUGCAUCUACAUCGACAGAUGCUGAACAAGUGAUUGGAAAAAGCGAUGGCUUUGAGGAGAUUGAGAAGAUUGCUUUGGAUCUGAAUGAUUUAUAUACUCCUGUUAGUCAAUCUAGGAUUUAUCCGACAUUGAAUAGAUCCAUCUUUCCUACAUUCCAUCUCCUCCCUCAGUCAGUUAUCAAUACCGAGCCCAACCCGAUUAUCAAACUUCGACCUGCGAAACCCCACGAGGAGAUACCUACUCCCUCGAUGGAUGUGACUGAUAUCCCAGCCCAGGAUCAGGAAAGACACGACGAUGUGAAUAUGGAUAGUGUCAAUUCAAGUGAUAAAAUCGCCAGAUCAAGUUGGAUUAUUGAGAUCGUACCUGAGAAUGGUAUGGAUGGAUUGGUAGUUAGGCGAAAUUGGUUGAGUCAGACUAUUCUGGAGAACGAUGAGGCGGAUGGAGUGGAAGGUAUAAAGGUUGAGAAUCUGUUGUAUCAUGCAUAUCCCCCUCCUCCUAUCGCACCGUUAUCUCCUCAAAUCCAACUUUUCCCAUACACUUCCACUUUCUCACAUCCUUCGCCCUCUCCUGGAAAACAUCGUGAUGUAGAUAAACAACAACAAAAAUGGAGUAUGGUAAAUCCUGGUCCUACCGCUUUUGUGGUAGGAAGGAUCGGUACGAGCAGUGAUAUACAGCAAGUGGCGAGAGUACUACAUUCACUACGAAAUCAGAUUGUACUCAACAACAUGUUCAAUUCGGUAUUCAUACCUCAUCUUUUGAAAGUGGAGGAAAAUGGUAUCAAUACUGAAGAUGAUGAUGAAGAUGAAGAUGACGGUGUUGAUGACAUCAAUGAUUUGCUAUCAGGCGAUCAAACUUCAAUACCGAUAAACUUGAAUCUAUCACAAGAUUCAAUUACCAUUACCUUCCCAUUAAUUAAUGAUGAGGACGAUACAAUUGAAAAUGUUGAAAUAGUUGUAAGACCGAGCGAGAAGGAGAAAGAUGGAUAUGUGGAUGUACGAGUUGAUGGUAACGAGUUUACGGUUGACGAUGCUUCGGAUGAGAGUAGGAGGGAUUUGAUCAGGAUUGUUAAAGGGGUGAUUAGAUCGAAAUCAAAAGCUUAG